GUCAGAAGGAUGAAAACAAACAGAGAAGCAUGCUUUCGCUAGUAUCAGCAACGUGAGAGAGAAUUAAGAUUAUUUCCACAUCUUACAAUUUCUCACUGGUCGUCGUCAUUCAAUUAACAAGCAGCAGUCGUCUAGUCCGGAUGAUCAGAAUCAAUCGGAGUGAAAUAUUCCAAGUGAUCAUACGUAAUGGAGUUGAAUGAUCGUUUCGAUGCGGGUCCAGGCGAGCCCAAUGUUCUCCUGGAGUGGAAGUCUCUGUCGGUUCGUGUUGGUGGACAACGUCCGUGGAGUAAAACGGAACAAAAGGACAUUUUGAAAAAUGCGACGGGUGCAGUUCGAUCCGGUGACCUUGUUGCUGUAAUGGGUGCAAGUGGGUCUGGGAAGACAACUCUACUGGCGGCAGUGUCGAUGCGUUUGGUAGCCAAAGUGGACGGCAAUGUACUUAUCAAUGGGUUAAACGUGACCCAGUCGCAGAUGAAGCGUCUGUCGGGAUUUGUGCCACAGUUCGAGAUCGCUAUCAAGUCGUUAACGGUGAUGGAACACCUGUUGUUUGUGUCAAAGCUAAAGGGUCUCGAUCGUCAUCGAAUGGUUGAGGUGAUCAAGGAGUUGAACUUGGACAAAUGCGAACACACGAGAAUUUCGAACCUUUCCGGUGGCGAACGUAAAAAGGUUAAUCUGGCGGGAGAGUUGCUGACCGAGCCUGAUAUAUUAUUCUGUGACGAACCCACAACAGGUUUAGACAGUUUCAAUGCACUCGCCGUGUUGAAGACUUUGAAGAAAAUUGCGUUUAAGGGCAGAAAAGCUGUUAUUUGCACCAUUCAUCAUCCAACGUCCGAGGCGUUCCAGUGUUUCACCGAUGUGGUGUUGGUCAAGAAUGGUGAAAUCUGUUAUCAAGGUCCAACCGAGGAAGCAAGAACGUUCUUCAGAAGCGUACAUUUUCCGCUACCGAUUAAUUGCAAUCCCGCCGAUCACUACUUCAAAUUGGUCUGCGAUUACAGCCAAAUCGAUCAUAUGGAAAACGAUGAUCAUCAUUUGCAACAACAGCAGCAGCAGCACCACCAGUCGGAACAGCAACGAGAAACGGAUAGCCAAACGAGGCGAUACGAGAUCCUGCACAAGUGCCAUAUGGAAAACAUUGUUAAAAAGUGUAUGAUGGGUCCGUACCACCAAAAUGACGUGAUUGAUAAGCUUUGUCGGAACAAUCACCAUGCGUGUUGGUCCUCGCAGCUCUACCUGCUGGUCCGACGGGGCGUCAUCGACAGCGUCCGCAACAUUCGACAGCACGCCAUUGUGACGCUUUUGUUUCUGAUUACGAGCAUAACCAUCUCGGCGCUUUACUUUCCCGUGAAGCCCACGAGUCAGACGGCGAUCCAAGACAUACGGGGUGCGCUGUUCCUGAUGAUCUGCGAGCUGCUGUACACCAUCAGCUAUGCGGUGUUCUACGAGUUCCCCCACGAGAUGCCGCUGCUGAGGCGCGAGGUGGGCGAACAGAUGUACCGAUUAUCGGCGUAUUAUGCUCACAAAGUGCUGCUGACGGUUCCGAAAGCGAUUUUCGACUCGUACCUGUUCAUCGGGAUCAUCUACGGAUGUGUGCAGUUUUCAACCGGAUUUGCCACUUAUGUUGGUAUCUCGGCGGUGUGCACCGUGGCUAGUUUGCUGGCUGUGGCUUAUGGCUACCUUUUCACGUGUGUCACCGGUUCACUGGAGAUGUCCAUCGAAGCCGCCAAUCUUAUCUUCCUCCUGUACAACCUGCUGGGUGGUCUGUACUUAAACGUGGUAGCGUUUCCCAUCAGCAAGUACCUGUCGUUCUUCUUCUUCGCGUCGGAGGGUGCUUCCAUUUACUACUGGCAAGGCGUGCAAAACAUCACCUGCGACCGGGGCCGGAAUACUACCUGCCUGCGAAACGGAGAAGCUGUGCUGCUGGAUUAUGGCUACGGAACGACCCUGGACACGGUGUACUUUAACUAUCUCGUGAUGGCAGGGGAGAUUUUAGUCAUUCAUUUUGCGGCCUAUUUAUGCUUGAGGCGAUUUGUCCGCCGUGUCGGAUUCUAUUGAUGAGCGCUGCAAUCCGUUUUUGGGUUGCUUUAAAAUAGAAUACAGUUUACGAGGAAAAAAAAAGACAAAGCCUUUGCCUAUCUCAGGUAAAUUAUGUUUCGAAAGCCGGGGUUAAAAAAUAACAAUCCGAACGGUAAUUAUAGUUACUCGGG